AUGGAGAUCUCAGCCGUUUGUGUGCUGCAGAUGACCCCGAACGUCAGUCGCAGUAAACGACGUACCAGUGCUCCUUCUUCCAAAUCCUCCAAGCAAUCCCAGUGCCACAACGCACGGGUUCGUGGCCAGUGGACUGCAGAACUGAAACUCGUUCUCAACACAGAAGCCACUAAUAACCUCCAGCAGAUUCAUCAGAGCUCGAUGGAGGGUGCUGACCGCAGAGGCAAGCGUCCGCCUGAAUCGCCCACCAGUCUGAGAUCCGAGCCCGCGAAGGGUCCCCCACAAGGACCAAAGUUGGAGGGCAGACCUGCAUCCAUAUCUGGGGAUGACAUUGCAAGCGAAAGUUGGAGGCGGAGGGUAGCCACAAGGCUGGCCCUCCAAUCGACAAGAGGGACUCGGUCCGGAGAAGAAUUGCAGCGUCCAGAACAAACAGGCCAGCAGAGUCCCAACGAAAGCUCACACCAGCUUGCGCGAGGACACCAAUCGCCAGCUCCUUCCGAAUCGAUCUCCCAAGUGCCCGGCAACACUGGCAAUCAGCUUCCAGAGUCAGCGAUCAUGGAUCUAUGCUUUAUUGUCCCAUUCGCAGCCAACAUACCACAAGCGGUCAUGAUCGCAGUCCAUAAUGACACUGGUCAGCAAAUUGAAUCAGAGAACACAGAUUCCGUGUGGCCUCUGACGCACCUUGAUACGCUGGCGAUGCUGCUGGACGAUUAUGGGCCAAACGUAAGGCGCUUUAUCGUCUACUUCCACCUCCACGAAGAUAUGAGCUCCACCGCCCAAAGCGCUGAUAUUGAAAGGUGCCUCCAAUCACUACUGGAUCUGUCAGAGGGCUGCGAGCUCGCGAUCAGGGUGGAGCUCUCGAGCGAAGCCGGUGGAGAGGGUGGCGUUGAUUUCGCUGCUUGUGAUCAUCUGCUGUUGGUAUUUACCCGGAUGGCGUUGAAUCAUGGAUUGAUGGCGACCGUAAAUCGUGAUCACACGGACAGCUGGGGAGAAGAAGCCUUGGACAUUCUUACCUUCAGCGCGCCGUCGAAAGAGGCGUACCAGCUUCAACACGACGACAAAACGUCGCACGAUAGCCUGGAUGAGGACAAUGCAGAGGCGAUGGAGCGUGCUUCUAUCUGA